AUGGCUGCCCUCGAACCGAUGGAUUUCUUGAUGCACCAGCCCGAAGCUGCUGCGACAGGGCAGGCACAACCAACCACUGCAAACACAGGCUUCCCUGGACUGCACCAGCCACAAGGGUGCCCGUAUUUCCGCGGCCAGCAAUCUCAUGGGUCGAGCCUGCCUCCUCCGCACUUUGACCCAAACCCCCCUUUUCGGCCGAUGCCGCACCAGCUGCCACCUCUGGGUAACCAGCAGCACUCCCCCGCCCUUGCCCCUCAAAGCCAGCCCGGGCCCCCUCUGCACGCCUCGGGCUCUGCAAACGGGAGCCACUCGCAGCAGCAACCCGCGGCAGACUCCCAAGUUCAAACACAGCGGCAACACCAGCCGCAUCUUCCUCAACCUCCAACCCUUCCGCCUCCACAAUCCUUCCUGUAUUCUCAGCAUUUUCCUUACGAUCCUGUCCACUCGUCCAGUGCUGGUUGGACAUCGGGCCCGCGUCAAGGCACUUCGUGGCACCACCCAUCGACCACAGGCACCACACCGACUCUACAUCCAAGGCCCCCAGGCGCCGAUCCACAUUUCCGCGGCAGCGGUCACGGUGCGGGUGAACUCAGAGGAGAUUUCGCCAGCUCAUCAAGCCCUGCGCAACCUUUCCUCCCGCCAACCCAGCAGACUACUCUCCCUAACCUUGAUCCGUCCAGCCCGUUCGUCUUCCAAGGAUACCAGCGCUCCGCAAAUUACCCACUCUACCAGAUGUCGUCCUCACAGAACCCGACCCAGACAAACCAGCAUGGCCGGUUUGGUGACGACCAGGCCGGCCGGUCAGGUCAGCAGCAACCAAACCCAGUGAACCAGGCGGGCCAGCCGAGUCAGGUCGCAAACGUGCAGUCUCCGCCAGUCACCACGAGUGCUGGACGACCAGUGCCUCCCCUAUCUACUCGAGCUGUCACUCUUCCGUCUCUGAAUCCGAACGCGAGUCAGGCUUCAGGUGGUCCGCAGUCGGUCUCUCAGCGACAGGCGGGCCCGGCCGCUCCGGCUACCUCCGCCAGCCGCCCGUCGGCCUUCUUGUAUCCCGUUGAGAAUCCCGGGAGAUCGAGCCACGCAACCGGGGACGGACCGUCGUCGGCACAUCUCCUGCCUCGACUGCCCUUGCCAUCAAAUGAACUAGCCAUCGCGUAUCGGCGGCGGGCAGAGGCCCUCUCGCAAGCUUAUCGCGAUCUCGCCGCCGACUCCGACCAUCCGGCAGCCCCGCUGACUAUCCCUACCGUGCCGGCGGGCGUUGGCCGACGCCGCCACGACGACUUUCGCCGUGUGCAGCGGCAGUCGGAGCAUGAGAGCGACGAUGACCUCGGUUCGUCGGCGGACGAAGAAGAGCGGGUCCUACGGUACAUGGAUGCUGCUAGAGAACAUCCCAACUUUCGGGCUAUCAUGGCCGGGGACCACAUUCGUGCAGCGCAAAUCAUGCGCGGCCAGGUUCCAUCUAAACGAGUGGCCUCGAAGCAGGCUCUCGCGCAGCUCCAGAGCGUGGAUCUUGCCAGCCUCUCUGACGGCGAGCGAACCUGCGUCAUCUGCUACAACGACUUUGGUCAGCCGAGUCCAGAGGGUAUUAUCGAGGCCCCUCUGCGUCUCCCUAAGUGCCAGCAUGUGUUUGGCGAUCACUGCAUCAAAAAGUGGUUUGAGGAGUCUGACAGCUGUCCCUAUUGCCGUGACAAGCUGCCUUCAGAGCCUGCAUAUCCUGCCAGUUUCCGGGCAUUCCAGAACUUCUACCGCGCUACCCAUAUGCGAGCUCGGCAGCCCCCGAGCAGCUCUGCCAACUCGACAAUGUUGGUCCACCCGCCCACUUCCCACACGGUUGUGGCAAGCUCACUAAUACCUCUCAGUGAUGAGACACUGGUUCGCGUGUACGCGCAGCAGCAGCAGCAGCAGCAGCGUGAAGUCGCUCGUGCCAGAGCACGACAAGAGCUGGAGUCGGAAAACAUCACCCUGAGACCGUUCGCAGGCAGGGAACGGAGGUCCCCACCCUCCGAUGUCACAGAGAACCGGAGAAGGACGCGUGCCCGACAUGACAACCUGCACUCGCAAUCGGCCGGCCCGUCGACCGCCCGUGCUUCAAGCUCUGCUCAAACAGCAGAAGCACCGGCGCCUGGGCAGCAGAGCCCGCCUCGUGAGCGUGUAACAUCCCCUAGCAUCUUGCCUUGGCCUGGUCAGUAUGCACAUGAUCUGAAUCGGAUACUGACAACGCACGCUGCGAGACAGUCCGUGUCGGGCAGUCAACGCCCGUAUCUCAAUCCCUUGAGCUCUGGUGGUCCAUUCAACGGCAUUCCUCCGGUAGAGCACCUGCUACCGAAUCCGAAUAUGGUCCCCAUUGGUUUCGCCAUGAGCCACGGGAUGCCGACGUCAUCGAUGGCCCCCGUCCCUAAUCCGGCCUACUAUCCCAACCUGCCGUACACAUCCUCCCCUUCAGUUAACUUCCCGCAGCUGCCCCCCAUUGGGCCGUUUGAUACGGCAAACCUCCAGGAUACCUCACACGGCGGCAACGGGGUAUCUCGGCCAGGUGUCGCGGAGGGCCAGAUGCAGUAG